GUACAGAAGCCAGGAUGUCAGGGUUUUGCGGGUCACAGCGCCCCCCCCGAGUCAUGGUGGAGCACAGCGCUGGUAGUAAGGAGCUCUCUGCGCUAGGAGCAAUAGGCUGUUGAAGUUCCGUUCUCUUCGGUCACCCAGCAGCAGGGGGCGCCAGACACUGUGGGAUAGGUAACUAGGUGUGGCGUUCUGAGAGGACUCGGGAGUCCUGGUGCUGCAGCUCAGAGGAUGGAGAGGACUGGGAUGGAGGCAGGAGCCGUCUGUCUGCACGAAUUGGCCAAUUUGGCUAUUGGGCCACCAGAAGUCGGGGCAGUGAACUUCAGCGCCCUGCACACUCUCCUUCAUGCUAUUAUUAGGCAUCUGCACAUCCAGGAGGGCAGCUGGGGGCCCCAAGGCGGCACCGGGCAGAGACCACCAUCAGGGGGCGUCCUGGAGAAGGGGCAGAAGGACAGCAUGGAGGGCAGGCUCCUGCAGGUAGAGCAGCAGCUGGAGGCGCUAAACUACUUUCCCUCUGGGGCAGAACUGAUUGAAAUGAGCAAAUCCGGCCAGCAGGGCGGCAGCAGCACACUGAGGGACGUGUGGCAGAUGAUGCAGCUGAAGAGGAGACUGGAGGUCAAUGAGGAAGGAGUGUGCAAGGCGAUGUCAGUGCUGCAGGACCUCAUGUCGGAGGUCAAUACCCUGAAAGAGUCACACCGUGACGUACAAGACCAGAUACAGAAAGAGACUGCAGGGCUGGAGACCCGGCAGCAACUUGAGCAAAAGCACAAAGAUGUGACAUCAGAGGAAAGCCUACAGAUAGAGCUGGAAUUUCUGAAGAAUCAGAUGAAAGAAGUGGAAGAAAAGAUGGAAAUUUUCAAUGAGAGUUUGACAAAAUGCCCAGGAAUUAAGGCUGGUGACAGCAGUCCUGUGUCUGAACCUACACAAGAUACUGAUGGACACGUAUUGGACGUUUCUCAGACCACGCUACCUCUGACACAGGGGUCCAAUCAGGCUAAAGACUCAGCUCUCUCUGUAGAGGCCCCAUAUGUUACUAUGGAUCGUAUGGUAGCAGAUAUAUUGCAGGACGCUCAGAUGGAGGAAUCAGAACAAGCAUAUGAAAGAGAAUUAACCCAUGCUCACCCUGGGGCCCCUGUGCCUCACAAUACGGGGACUAACUGUUCUGUUAGUUGUAUGAAUGUCGCUCCUGGGACUCCUGAAAUAAACCCUUCACUUUUACCUGCAUCUACGUCUCAGGAACUUGCAAUGCUUUAUACAAGAGUAGAUGCCCUAGAGAGGGACAAGGCCGACCGUACUGAACUUGGACUUCUGCAGAAAAAUGCAGAUAACACCGCCAUGAAGUUGAGCAGGCUGAAUAGAGAGACGCAAAACACUGAUCGGAGAUUAAAGGACCUGACAGGGCUCUCACAUCAUAGUGACCAGACGUUGGAAGUAACCAGCCUUAGUGCUACUAUUCAAGACAUUGAGAAGGAUCUAAGUGAACAGCGUAAAAGACAGAAGCAGGAAGAAGCCACCAAGGAGCAGUCAGUGGAUGAUAAACUGAUAUACCAACAAGAUCAGGAUGCAGAACUGUUUGGUCACAUCAAGAAAACAACGCUGCGGUUGCAAGAGGAGUGUGAGCAGCUGAGCAAAACCAUUGGCUCUUUAAUUCAGGACCAUGAGUUGAAACAGCAACACAUAGAUAUCCUUUACCAGACAGUGGAGAAUCUGGACAAGAACAAAGUAGACAAAGAACCCACUGGACUAGAGAUUGAUGUGAAAGCAGACAAGCGUGCACUGGAAAGUAAAGUGAGUCGCACACUUUUUGAUGCCACCACAGAACACCUAAGCGGAAUGAUACAGGAUCUGCUUUGUAAAGUGGGUGCUCAGGAGCAAGACUGGCAGAGACUGUUGCAGAAAAUCAACGUGGAGAUGGAAAAUAAACUGGACCGCAUAGAACUUGAGCCACUGAAGGGCAUCUUGGAGCAGUGCUGGACAGAUCUUCAGCGACAGCUGCAGCAACAUCCACCACAGUAUGAAGCUGAUGAGGCUGCUGGUAUCCGCAAGCAGCUGAUAAGAAGAUUUCACUGCAUCUCCUGUGACCGCACUGUGGAUAUGUUGGUGCCCGGCGCGGAGAUGUUAUCCAUCCCAAACAUUUCUGGUCUACCAGCCCAUCGUUCUAACCGGCCGUACACUGUGUUUGAACUUAACCAAAUCCGUCAACAGAGUCGUAGUGAUCGCUUACCACAACAAAGUGAUUUUGGAUAUACAUCUAGCUCCCGCAACUGUGGAGGAAGUCACACACUAACCUUUCCACAAAGACGCUAUUCUAGGCUGCAGGCCAGUACUCCGUGUACUGUGCAGAAGGAAGAAUUUGUGGCUGGUUUAAAAGAGGAGAUGUUUAUUCUAGGCCAGGACGGGCACAUCUAUCGCGGCAGAAGGGAAAACCAUUUGCCAUCCAUAAAGAAUAAAGAUGAAAGGAGAUCAACAGCUGCUCAACAGAGAUUUCAUGACUGUAACUUAAAUGGAGAAGAAUGUUUGUUUGGUUGUUCUUCAGCCACAAAUUCAGAUGUUCUUUACGGAGUUUCCAAGGCCCAUAUGAAAUUCACUCAGGGAUCUGAACAACCUUUACCUUCUAUUAAGAACAGCGUACUGCCUACUUCCAAUCAGAGUAAGUGGACAUAAAGAAGUUCAGUUAUCUUGUGGUAUCAACACUCAGAUGUGGUACAAAAACUCGUAGAAGUAGUUGUGGUGAAACUUACUCUUCAUAUAAUCUGGUGGGACAAUAUUAUUGAACUUUCAAAAACUUCAACCUAAGGAUUGAUUUACAUUUGUUGGAAGCUCCUUCACGGGUGCUUAAAUAUCUGCCGGAGAAAAAUAACUCCGCUUGCAGCACUUUUUUGGGUUUCAAACUCCAUACACUAUGAUGAAAUCUUACCAACUCCAUUAUACAGUGGGGCAAAAAAAUAGUUAGUCAGCCACCAACUGUGCAAAUUCUCACAAAGAUGAGAGAGGCCUGUCAUUUUCAUCAUAGGUAUACCUCAACUAUGAGAGACAUAAUGAGAUGGGGGGCCUAGUGAAUGACCUGCAGAGAGCUGGGUCCAAUGUAACAAAGGCUACCAUCAGUAACACACUAUGCCACCAAGGACUCAAAUCAUGCAAUACUACGUGUCCCCCUGCUUAUGCCAGUACAUAUCCGGGCCCGUCUGAAGUUAGCUAGAGAGCAUUUGGAUGAUCCAGAAGAGUAUUGGGAGAAUGUCAUAUGGUCAGAUGAAACCAAAGUAGAACUUUUUGGUAAAAACUCAAUUCGUCAUGUUUGGAGGAGAAAGAAUUCUCGGUUGCAUCCAAAGAACACCAUACCUACUGUGAAGCAUGGGGGGGUUGGAAACAUCAUGCUUUGGGGCUGUUUUUCUGCUAAGGGACCAGGACGACUGAGUGGCCUAGCCAGUCUCCAGAUCUCAACCCCAUAGAAAACCUUUGAAGGGAGUUGAAAGUCUGUGUUGCCCAGCGACAGCCCCAAAACAUCACUGCUCUAGAGGAGAUCUGCAUGAAGGAAUGGGCCAAAAUACCAGCAGAAGUGUGUGAAAACAGUGUGUGAUUUUAUGGAUUUUUUUUCUCAUUCUGUCUCUCAUAGUUGAGGUAUACCUAUGAUGAAAAUUACAGGCCUCUCUCAUCUUUUUAAGUGGGAGAACUUGCACAGUUGGUGGCUGACUAAAUACUUAAGUAGAUAGAUAAGAGUGCCGUUACUUUCUGUCAUGUGAUGGAUCUGGCAGUGUCAUCAUAGAAACAGAGAAACAAAAAUGCAAAUGACCACAUGCAAUAUUGUUGAAAUGAAAGUCUUUUUCUCCUUAAAGAACAGAAAGAUUUGCUCUUCUCAAGAGUAUUUCGACUUCCGGACUGCUUUUUCAUAGAAACAAAGUUUUUGUAAUAAAAGAGGAAGUUGCUUUUGGUAAAAUAUUAUCGAAAGUGAAAAACCCUGCAUAGGAAACCACUGAUACUAUAAAAAUGACUAACUAGUAAUAGUAUUCACAUUGUGAAUAGAAUAAGAAUAAGAGGUGCAGAGGUUUCAGUUGCACCCACACCUUGGAUAUCUAUUAUACUCCAUUAUGAGGAAGCCAGUAGUAAAAAGAUAUGUGAUAACUGGGGUCACAGAUUCUGCAUUGGGACCCAGGAGCUUCAAGUUAUCUCUGGGCUCAAACUGAUUGUCAAACUUUAUUUUUCUCACCUUUAUAUACAUAAUUACUUUGGUGGAUAAGAUUGUAUUUGCACAGGAUAUUCACUGCAGUAUGGUGGUUGGAACUCUGUUGUUUUGAACAACCACAAAGAGUAGCUUAAAAGGGUACUACGGUGGAAUUUUUUUCUUUUUUUUCUUUAAAUCAACUGGUGCCAGAAAGUUAAACAG